AUGAAAUUGAGUCUAAGUGAAUCUAGAGAUAGUGGUAUGGAGAAUUUAUCUCUCAAUAUAGUCAGAAAAAACACUGUCUCACAUCCUGUACAAUAUGAUGAUAAACAUAAGGGUCCGAUAUCAGUUGGUGUGACGAGAGAGGAUUGGAUUGCUCAUAUGAAAACUAACGUGAAUAAUAAAACAGAUGAUACAACAUUCCCUCCUAAAUUACACAGUCCACCACCACUGAAUAACAACAGUCUAGAAGAAAAUGACAAGGAAUCAGAGAAUCUUAAAACAGAGAAGGAGAGGGACGGCCAUCUUGUUACACAGGAGGAGGAUACGGAUCAUAUCUCUACUACCCCUCAUAUAGUAACAUCUCGACUCUCACAGAUUAGACAGGUAUUUCUAGUUCACAAUCUCAAUCUUGGAGUGGCCACAGGUUUUCCAGAAAAAUAA